AUGGCUGAAAUUCGUCUGACUGCGGAAGAGAUCAGUGACAUUCCUGAGAGUGACGAUGAAAUAAAUUCUAUUAAAAAUGAAAUAGCGAUCAUCCUACGACUGCAUGAUUAUGACAAUAAACAACAGAUUGUUACUCACCUUCUCAUCAACGGUCGACAAGGUCUACUCGAUUACAAGGACGACAUCGUACCCAACAUAUUCGAUACACAAUUCAAUACUCCCGACGCACAACUCAUUCUAGCUCUCAAAAACUAUGUACGUCGUCUGUGGCAAACUCAGUACGAGCCAUCCUACCACUGGCUCAUCGCAUUCAUCCAAAACUACCACGACCACAAAAGCGCUCAACUCUACGACCGCAUUCUCACUCGAACAGCUCAAUAUGGCAAAAGAUUCAUGAAGGACUGUCCGAUGUUAUCGAUCGUGUUGCAGUUCGUGUUGGAAUCGAUGGACGAGGAAUGCUUAGUGAACACGAACACGUUCGAUGAUGUGUGGCACACAGUGACGAGCGAAGGAAUGAAGUCACUGGCAAAGUAUUUGAAGUAUGUGAAAGAGGAAGUGAUGAGUGAAGAGUUGGACAAGAAUCAGUCGACAUUGUUUCAUGUAUUACGUGAAUACCAUCGUCCACGGUUAGGUUCACUGUUGAGAAAUCAUGGAAUGAAUGUUGAAGAAGUAGAUGAGAAUAUGGCAUUAGACUUUCUUAGUGAAGAUGGUGUAGAGAAAGGAAUGGAGAAUAUUCGGCAGUCGAUGGUAAAAUCAUCAUCAGAUGUUGUCGCACACAAAGGAGCCGUUUUACUAGUAAACACAGAUUCAACAGCAGAAAAUUUAUGGCAACCUGAGAUUCGAACAAUAACGGUAGCGACGACAAUCAAAGUUUACGUUAAGAGGACCGGUGAACUUUUUGAUGUUCCCAUGUCUGCGGUAUCCACAGUGGAAGAUGUGAUCAAAUAUGUCUGCGAAAAAAGUGUCUGCCAUGGCACGAUGGAUUACAAUAAUUACUACCUUGUUUCAUCGGAAGACCAUGCAAUGCUGCACAAUGAGCAAAAAGUCGAUGAAAUAGUUGUUCAUUCGAGAGACACUCUUCAAUGGAAAUUAUGUAUGAAAACAUCAAAAAGACAACAAAUAAUCAGUCUUGCAUUGAUGAAAUCCAAUCAACGCGUUAAGGCCAACACAGUUGCCGAUUCGAAGGACAAAGAAAUUACCGAGACAGUUGAACCACAACAAAACAGAUUGAAUAUGGAUACUGAUAAGACAGAAGAAGCUGUUGCAACCAAUGUGUCAGUGAAAUCAGACAUGUUUCGGUCAAAUUCGCCUUCCGAAAAUACAACAGACAAACCGUCGAAUAUCUCCAGAUCUGUAUCUUUCAAAAGUUCAAGUACCAGCCUGUCGCAAAAACAAGAUUUAGCUUAUAGUUACUAUGAAUUACAAAAAAGAAUCCACGAUAUUGCUGAAAGAUUGAUUCACGAUCCAACUUUACGUGAGAAAGCUUCAGAAAUGUUAGAUGACAUCAAUAUUGUUGUAUGUGGUGCACCCCGCGUUGGAAAGAGUGCUCUCAUCAAUGCCAUAUGUCACCAGGAACUAGCUGGAACCCAUCCCGGUCUCCAUGCUUGUACAAAGACCAUGUCAUCCUACUAUUUAGCUGGCAGUAUAGAUAUUGGUGACGAACAAGCUAACUAUCAAUAUACCUUUUGGGAUACACCCGGAUUCGAAAGUUGGGAUCGAGAAGCCAUCCGUAAGUAUCUGAAAACAAUCAAAACAACACCCAAAUCUAGUAUUAUUUGCAUGAUCUACUGUGCUUCGCCUGGUUCUUUCGCCAAUGCUGAACGACUCGGAUGGUUAUUGGAUGAGUGCAUCAAACUGCACAUUUUCUGUGCACUCGUAUGUACAAAUAAGUGGUAUCCGGACAGAAAGCGUCGCGAUGCUGUCAUAGAUGAUUUUCAACAUAUACUUCAACGACAUCAGACAAAAACGCGAGACGAAAAUGGAAUAGCCUAUUUUGGAAAUGUAGGUCUAUGCACAAGUGUCGAUAGCGUUGCUUUUACCGACGAACAAUCGGGUAAGAAAUACGAAGAAUCGGGUAUUGAUGAACUUAUACUUGGGAUAAUGGAAUCAUUGGAUGAUGACAAAUUAGCGCAGUGGUGCGCGGUCAUAUUUGAGAAUAAAUCAUUUUGGAAGAAACUUUCAGGAUAUUCAGAACAACUGCAAAGGAUCAUGAAUAAACUGAUUCAUACGCAAUGGAACGAAAAUUGA